UGAGCAUCAGCUUGUAAGAUCACAACUAAGACACACACACACACUACACGGCAAGAAACACCAGGAGGUAGGGCAAUCCGAUCCGGUUAUGGCGCCCAGCAGAGAGGCGUGUGCGAUCGCCAUGGCCGUGGCAGCCCCGUUCAUCGCAAUGGCAAGCAACAUCGGCACCGACAACGUUGAGAAGCGGCGCAGGACCUCGUCCGACAUGCUCCAGCGCACCGUCUCCGACGUCUCCUUCCAGCUCCACCACCACGGCCCCGCCAAGGAGGAGGAAGAGGCGGCGGCGGAGGCGGAGAUGAAGCUGCUCCACCCGGUCUCCGAGGUGGAGGACGCCAAGUGCGAGUGCUGCGGCAUGUCGGAGGAGUGCACGCCGGAGUACAUCCGCGGCGUGCGCGGCCGGUUCUCGGGGCGGUGGGUCUGCGGGCUGUGCGCCGAGGCCGUGAAUGAGGAGGCCGAGAAGAACGGAGGGUCGCUGGAGGAGGCGCUCCGGACGCACAUGGGCGUGUGCAAGAGGUUCAACGGCUUUGGGAGGACGUACCCGGUGCUGUUCCAGGCGGAGGCCAUGAGGGAGAUCCUGAGGAAGCGGUCCAAGCUCGGGCCGAGGUCCAGGACCGGCAUCAACCCCCGGGAGGUCAGGGAAACCGCCUCCAAGGCGAAGGCGAAGGGUUCAGCCGGCGCCGGCGGCAUCGCACGCAGCUCCAGCUGCAUGCCGUUCAUCACCGACGAGUUCAGCGACUAGACGGAGCUGGUUGAUUCGCUGGCUAACUUUGAGCAUGACAAGGUGCUUAGCUAGAAGGAUAGUUUUAAGCCUUCUUGUUGCAUGUUUUCGCCAUCUUUUUGGGCCAAGGGUGCAUACUUCACACGCCUUUAGGGUGUUUUUUUGGUUGCACCUCCAGCUUAUCUAGAUAGAACCUUGAGCAUCGUCGUGGCAACACCUUAAGUCUUAAGCUUGUACUCCCUCCGUUCUGAAUUACUUGUCUUAGAUUUGUCUAGAUACGGAGGUAUCUAGCACUAAAAUGAGUCUAAAUAUAUCCGUAUCUAGACAAAUCCAAGACAAAUAAUUCAGAACGGAGGGAGUAUGCUGGUUAGUCAGCGGUCAUGUUCUGUUUUUCCAAGUUCAAGUAUAAAUUGGAUUUGGUGGUUGGACAGCCUUAAAAUUUGGUGCGCUGA